AUGUAUGAGAUUAUCACCUACGGUGGUCCUCCGUAUCCGGGUAUGAGCACUCGUCAGACAAUCGUCGAGGUGGAGAAGGGCUACCGACUGCCUAAUCCUCACACCGUGAACCACCCUUGCCCGGAUGAUUUGUACAAUUUAAUGUUGAAGUGUUGGGACGCACGACCCGAGAACCGGCCUACUUUUCGGUCAUUGAACGACGUAUUCGAGAACUGGGCGAGCCACGUGGAGACGCAAUAUCUUGACAAUUAA